AUGUCACAACCCACCAAAAUCCUCAUCGUCGGCGCAUCGAUAGCCGGGCCCAUGGCCACAUACUUUCUCUCCAAACUCCCAAACUCAACAAUCACAAUCAUCGAGCGCCACCCGUCCUUCCGCCCGGGCGGACAAAACGUGGAUAUUCGCACCGCCGGCGUAACAGUAAUGCGCCGUAUUCCGGGUAUGGAAGAAAUGGUGCGAGAACGCAUGAUUCAUCUCCACGCUUUCCAGCUGGUCGGAAAUGACGGAAAAGUAUUCGCGAGCAUGAAGACGAGCGGGAACGCGGAGCAACAGAGUCUCGUGAGCGAGUUUGAGAUUUUCAGGGAUGAGCUGUCGCGGAUUUUGUUCGAGUUGACAGAAAGGGAAGAGAAUGUCGAGUAUGUGUUUGGCGAGGAGGUUGCUGCGCUGCAUCAAGGUGUGGAGCGUGGGGAGAAAAAGGUCACGGUGGAGUUUAGGAACGGGAAACUUCCUACCGGGGAAUACGAUUUGGUGGUUGCAUGCGACGGCACGAACUCGAAGACGCGAGCGAUGGGGUUUGGUUGUGGUGUCAGGGAUCAUGUGCUUCCACUGAAUGCGUGGGCGGCGUACUUCUCGGUGGAAAAGGAUUACGUGGAUGGGGAGAGGGUAGGGAGGAUGCAUACGAGCGUCGGUGGACGCUCUUUAGCAUGUGGUCCGACACUGUCGACUGGGAACAGAGUCACUGCGUUUGCAGUUCACCCCAGGCACGACAAAGAAUCAAUGGGGUUAUUCCGGGCAGCGCAGAAGGCGGGAGAUGAUGCCCUCAAGGAGUAUGUAGCGCGGCAUUUCAAAGGCACAGGAUGGCACAGCGACGAGAUCCUCGAAUCCAUGAUGCGCUCAACCGAUUUCUACGCAUCCGAAUGGGCGCAGGUCAAAGUGCCAAAGCUCUAUAACGGUCGCGUGGUUCUUGUAGGGGAUGCGGGAUACGCAGCGGGACCUACAGGAGGAGGAACGAGCCUUGCCAUGACAGGAGGAUACUUUCUCGCGGGCGAGAUAUGUGAGGGUGGUGGUGACAUCGAUGCGGGAUUGGAGGCUUAUGAGAAGCGCAUGGCUCCCAUCAUUGCGGAUUUGCAGAAGAUACCCCCGGGGAUCCCGGGGAUCAUGGCGCCGCAGACUCGAUGGGGCAUCUGGUUGCGGAACAUCAUAUUUGUGUUGAUCACAUGGAGUAGUGGCUUCUUUGGGUGGCUCAGUAAGCAAUUUGCGUCUUCGUUUGGUAAAGACAAGUACGGGCUGCCGGACUACAAGUGGAAGCGGGUGUGA